AUGGGGGGGGCCUCAGAAGACGCCAUUCGCGACGCUCUUCACGAAAUAACGAAGGGAAAGCUGGACCCAACAACAGAAGAAUACCUCGUUGGCAUGCUGCAGGAAGAGGCCCCCAAAACCGCAGAGGAAGCACACGAACUGAUUGGCGCAUUCAUCCUCGAUGCGGGAGUCGCUGCAGAUGACUCGCAGUCUGUGGCAAUUUGCAGCCAACUUGUAAACAAAUUGCGCGAAGGGCGGAGCGAUGCAGCAGAAGAAGACCAACAGACGGAGGCCUUUAAAGCAGGUGACUUCAGCGAUCCGUAUUUAGGCAUUCAGCAAGACGCAGCGAUGGUUAAUUAUAAUGCGCCGGUAUUUGAAGGGGAUUCUGCUGCAGCAGAUGCAGCAAAGCAGCAGCAACUUCAGCAGCAGCGGAAGCAACAGCAGCGCGAGAAGCAGCUGCGACUGCUGCAAGAAUGGGAGAAAAAUAAACCGCCGCUGCCGCCUCCUCAGAAGCGGCACGGAGAUGUUCAACUCAAACGUAGCGCUGAGGGAAUUUUAGUAGAUUCAUUUUCUAUAUCGGUGGCGGGCCGGCAGUUGUUGAUAGACACAUCAUUGAAGUUAAUGAAGGGGAGAAGAUAUGGGUUGAUAGGGCGAAACGGCAUUGGAAAGAGUACUUUUCUGCAUGCGUUGGCCCGCCACGAUAUUCUCGGCGUUGACCCCGACAUCACCAUCACUUGCGUAGAACAAGAAUAUCGCUUUGGGAAUGAAACGGUUUUAGAGGCGGUGUUGGCUGUUGAUGAAGAGCGAAAAAAACUUUUAGAAGAAUCUGAACUCCUCCAACAACAGGGACAGGCAACGGCAGCAGCAGGGUUUCGCUUAGCUGCAGUCUUCGACCGAUUGCAAGAAAUCGGCGCAGCGGAGGCGGAGGCGACCGCUGCGACAAUUUUAAACGGACUUGGGUUCGAUACAGAAAUGCAACAAAGGAAAGUAUCUGCUUUAAGCGGAGGUUGGAUAAUGCGCGUUUGUUUAGCUCGCGCUUUGUUUUCUGAUGCAGAUGUUCUACUUCUUGACGAACCUACAAACCAUUUAGAUUUAAAAGCAAUCAAUUGGCUGACAGCAUAUUUAAAUGCAGAUGCUAAGGCUCUUGGAGGAGAAAAUGCAUUAAAACUUGCAAAAGAUAAAAUCGUUAUCGUUGUUAGCCACUCGCGCGACUUCCUUAAUGAUGUUUGCACGGAUGUAAUUCACUUCACUAAUCAAAAAUUAAAUUACUAUCGGGGGGACUUCGAUACAUUCGAAAGCGUCAGAGCAGCGCAGCAGCUGCAGCAGCAAAGGCAGAUUCUCUCAGUAGAGAUGAAGCAGAAGCAUAUGAAAGCAUUUAUAGACAAGUUUAGAUGCAAUGCUAAGAGAGCCUCUUUGGUUCAAUCUCGUAUAAAGGCACUAUCAAGAUUACCAAUGUUAGAACAAGUAGCAGAAGAUCCAUCAUUAAGGUUUAAACUAAAAGAACCUGAGCAGCUGUCUCCCCCUCUAUUGCAGUUGAUUGACGUUACAUUUAAAUAUAAGAAGAGAAGCAGCAAAGAAACAGAAAGUAAAGAAGAAGAAGGAGAAGAAGAAAGCAAUGCUAAGAAUAACAAUAAUAUCAAUAAUAAUAAUGGCAGUGAAGCAGGCAAACAAAACAAUGCAAAACAAACAAAGACAGAAAGUACAGAUAAGGGAGAUCUUCUUAUCGUUGAAGAUUGCAAUUUAAAUAUCGAUAUGGAUUCUCGAAUUGCAAUAUGCGGCUUGAAUGGAAGCGGCAAGAGUACAUUAUUGAAAUUAUUAAUGGGUCAUAAUGAAUGCACUAAGGGUCAUAUACACCGCAGCGGCAAACUGCGAAUAGGGUAUUUCACUCAGCAGCAUAUUGAACAGCUGGACCUGACCUUAAAUGCAGUACAGAGCUUGCAAAUCAGAUACCCGGAGGCAAAUCUAUCGGAUGAAGCUGCACGUACAUACUUAGGCCAAUUUGGUAUUAGUAAUAUGUUGGCGCUGGAGCCGCUUUAUAUUCUUUCAGGAGGUCAAAAAAGCAGAGUAGCGAUCGCCCUCAUUGCCUACAGCAAUCCGCAUAUACUCCUUCUCGACGAACCCACCAACCAUUUGGACUUAGACGCCGUCCAGGCGCUAAUAGUGGCGUUAAAUGAAUAUGCGGGUGGGGUUGUUGUUGUGAGUCAUGAUAGUCAUUUGCUUUCUUGUGUAGCAGAUGAAAUUUAUACUCUUGAUAAAAAUACAAAAAGAUUAUUGAAGUUCAAUGGAGAUUUUGCUGAGUAUAAGAAGCAGCUUCUCAAGAGCUUAAGACAAGCAUAG